GAGCGCUACUCAAGCAUCUCAACCAGUUCCGAUGUACGUGCCGGAACUUUACCUCAACGUCAACACGAUUCAACGAACACCAAACCUCCUGGCCCUCGAACUGGCCCAAGGGUCCUUCCGAAAGUCUCCCACGCCAGACCAACAAUUCGUGGACCUGGGAUGCGGAACGGGCGACUUCACUCGCCAGGAACUCUUGCCACGGUGCCAACCCUGCCGCAGGAUCGUGGCCACCGACGUCUCCCAAGAAAUGGUGCGGUUUGCCGAGCGCAGCUUCUCUCAUCCUCAGAUCGAAUACGACGUGUACGACUUCAGAGACGAUGCCUCGAAGAUCGUGAGGAAGUACGGCAGGUUCGAUCGCGCCUAUUCUUUCUUCGCCCUGCACUACGCCGAGGACCUGGUCUCGGCUUUGAGAAACGUUGCCGACUUGAUGACCGACGACGGGGAAUGCCUGCUCGUUUUUGCGGCUCGUAUUCCAGGCUAUGCCGUAUGGAGGAAAGUCGUGCAGAUGGAUCGUUGGAAAUCGUACGCAGAGAUCUGCGAGCGCUUUAUUCCAAAGAGCCAGGACUUCAAGGACAAAGAGGCGUGCGUGUCUUACAUGCUUGCCACACUCGAGAGCGCCAACCUCAAGGCUAGAAUCUGCGAAGUCGUCACCGAGGUUCGCAGCGCCACUAACUUGGAGCGCCUUUUGGAAGUGAACAUUGCUUUGAAUCCAGUUCUUCCACUGGUACCGGAGGAGUCAAGAUCGGAAUUCAAGGCGGAUCUAGAAGAAGUAGUUGGAAAGUUUUGGACCGAGAAAGACCCGCAGGACCCGCAAUAUCACGUAGACACGUUUGUAAUUCAUGCGGGUAAAAUUUGACGCAGAGUUGUCUCGUCGCAAUUAAAACACAGUAGUCUGACUACUGCAUACAUAGGUAAUUGU